CAACACUACUAUAUAACAAAUAAUUUGAGGUAUGUUGUAAGACGUGUAAAUUAUGGCGUCAGAGUUUAAAGUUGGUGACAAUGUUGAGGUGAUUGGGAAGGAUCUGAAGGGUGAGAUAUCUUUCAUCGGCAACACUGACUUUGCUCAGGGCAAAUGGAUCGGGGUAACUUUACCUGAUGCAAAGGGUAAAAACGAUGGUACGGUGCAAGGGAAGUCUUAUUUCAAAUGUAAACCAAAUCAUGGUAUUUUCGUGCGUCAAAACCAGGUGGCUCUGGUUAAAAGCCCCGCCAAGCCGAAGACCUCUGUAACCAGUAAAGGGACUUCUCGGUCUGGCACGUCCACUCCCAAGAGCGAUGAUGGAGAAACCGAACCUCCUACCCUCGGCAUCCCAAGGAACAGUAACCUCCAGUCCCGGCUCUCCGGUCUCCCGGCUCCACGAUCGAGGCUCUCCAUGAUGGGGACGGCUACCAAGACAAGUGCCAAAGGAUCCAGUUCGAGAUUAUCUGCUCCUUCUGCUAAAGGUUCUUCUUUGAGGGGGUCCACUGAUGACGUGUCUAAAAAUUCGGGCAGUUUGUCAAAAUCGCCAUCGUCUGUGUCCAAUGCUUCCAGUGCUGACGGAAAGUCCAGUCCUAGUCCUUCUACUAGAAUGACAUAUUCAAAGUCUGGAACAUUGAAAAAAACGUACGGCAGAAAGACACCGGCAUCCCCGGGGACAGAAAGAAAAGCAAAAACCUUACCACGGGGAAUGGGCUUGAACUCCCCCAAGGGAUCUCCAAAGCUGGGACGACGUGAACCAGCCAGUACAACAAGUGGUAGAUCAUCCCCCAGCGUUGGUAGAACAUCCUCUACAAAGACAUUACCACGGACUUCCAGAAGUGCUCCAAGGACCACAUCAAAGACAACUCCAAGGUCCACUCUUAAAACCACUCCAAGAACAUCUCGAGUUUCCAGUCCCACCAAACGGACCCCUAAGACAACCCCGGAGCCAACUUCAACAGCAACAGAUCUAAGCAGCGUCACUUCUGUGUCAACUAUAACCCAAGACGAUGUCGUCUUUGAUGAAACAGUUGAUGAUGGAGUGUUUGAUGAGCUCCUCUCCAUAGCACCUAGUAGACAAGCUCCUAAACUAUCAGCUCUUCCAGUCAAGGACUCAACCAGACAGCCUCCUACUUCUCUUGAGGUACCCACAGAAGGUUCCUCCAAGACAGGUUCCCAUCGCCGGUCAUACUCGGGAGAUUCUUCCGGUAGCAGCCGAAGUGGUUCUUUAAAGAUCAACAAAAGUUCGACAGGUCCAUCCCCAUCAUCCGCCAAAACACCCGUUAGAAAGACACCCAGUCGAGGAGUUUCUACUGAUACCGGUAAGAAGAAUGAUGAUGUAUCUCUGAAGAAAAAAGACGCGGAGAUCGCUAAUUUGCAAGAUUCUCUUAAGGACAUGGAGGAAAAGGUACAAUUCCUGACUGCCAAGCGAGUAGAUGACAAAGCUAAGAUAAAGGAAAUGGAAAAGUACAAAGUUCAGAUCUCACAAUUCACUGACUACAAAGCACAGUGGACCUCAGCUCAGGGUGACCUACACGAGCAGUUGAAGACAGCGAAGAAAGAAGCGAAGGAGAGUGGAGAGGCGCGCACUAGAGCUGAAGCAGAGCUGGAGGAACUGAGGGAUAGGGUAGAGGAAAUGGCACUGGACAAGGAGAUGGCGGAGGAGAUGAAGGAAUGUGCUGAAUUAGAACUUGAGCGAAUGACAGAAAAACACGACGAAAUUAAACAAGAGUUGGACCUGAUGAAGGAGGAGAUAAGUAGUGGUAGUGGAGGAGGAAGUGUGGAUAAUGUUAGGAUUAAACAGUUGGAGAUGCAGACCAACCAACUCAAGGCUGCUGUUAUCAAGCUGAAAGAGUUAAACACACAAGAUAGAAAAGAGAUAGAGUCUCUGAGUUCAAAGCUGACAAAGGAAGAGAGUCAGGUGACUGAACUGACUAAACUGAAGGAUAACCUCGAAGAGGAGCUGGAAGAGCACGAGAUUAUGGUCGGAGAACUUACUGAACAGGUUGAGUGUUGUAUCGGGGCUGAGACUAUGGUGGAGAAGUUAACAGAAACAAAUCUGGAUCUAGAGGAGAGACUGAAGAACCUGACAGAUGAUCUGGCUGAUUUAGAGGCACUGAGAGACCUAAAUGAGGAACUGGAGGAGGAGAGGAUGGUGACUGAGGCUGAGCUUAGAGAGGAGCUAGAGAUAUCCAGAAACACCCACUAUCAACUGAACAUGAAGGUGGAAGAUCAGUCAGCCCAGAAUAACGACCUCCAAAAUGUCAUCAUGCAGUUCAGAGCAUACGUUAAUCAGUUACAGGCCCAACUGAAGGAUACCCAGACUCAAAUGACCCAAGAUAAGGAAGUGACGGAGGGAGUAGAUGACGAGAAACUUCAUCAACUUGCUCAAAUGCGGGCACAGCUGCUGGAACAGAGCAAGUCGACCACUCACCAGGAGUCGUACGAUGUUGAUUUCGCUGAGAUAGAUAUCGUGUCAAAUGAGGAGGAGGUCAGACUGCUCAAGUUAUUCUUCCCGGAGAGAUUCACCCAGCCUGGCAGUGACUACGAGGCUAUCAAAUUGAUCCUACUACUAAACAAACUCGGCGUAACAAGUGAGGUUAUCGGCCGAGUAACCUCAAAACACCUCAAACUAACAGACCUCCUCUCUGGUGCCUCCUUAACCUCGCUCCAGUGUGACAAGGCUGUGUAUGCUGCCGGGAUUGUUAUUGAGAUGGCGUACUUUAGAGUCGCAGUUACUACCUUCGAGAGAUGUAUCAAACAAUGUGAUCCUGACACAUUUUUGAGGCUAGGAAGACUGGCAAGUGAUCUGGGACCGCACAUGUCCAUGUUGUCAGUGUUCCGGACCCACCUAGAGAAGAGCUCCCUGGACGAGAGUGUAACUGUGGAUCCUGUUAAACAGUCGGCCGCUCAGUUCCUGGCUCUCAGCAACACUCACUUCCCCGAUAUCAAGCCGUCCUGCAGAGAGGCCCUGUCGGACUACCUCAUGAUAAUGAAGCACACCUGUGAGGGCCUUAUCGCCUGUGCUAACAAGAUAACAACCUCGCUAUCUCGGGUUCAGGAGGGUUCCGUUCAGAUCGAGAAGAUGAACGGGACAAAACAACACUGCAAUGAUUUCCUUAAAACUAUGCGACGUAUCAAGAACUUUGUCCCUGUUGAUGGAAAACCCUUCUCCUUCCCUGCUGAGAUAGACGAGGUUCUGACCACUACCAUGUCCGAACUCUCGGACACUUUCGCCGCGCUCAACACAACUGCUGUUAAUUUGUCCUCGUAUAUCGCUGGAGUAGCUGAAGACGACAUAAUAACUGUCCCCGACAUAGAAGACAUCAUCAAAAAGGGUUGUAAUCCGGUUGGAACCUCCGGAACCGGACUUGACCGGAUCAAAGCUCACACUGGCUCCCUCCUGCCCUCUCUCCAACAGAUGGCUAAAAAUAUCCAAGAUGGAGAUUACGACCAGUUGGGAGAUGCCGAUACGAAGUCCGAGCCACCUUACGAUGCUCGAGCAAAGCAAUUCAAGGAGCAGUUCUCUCUUGGAGAUCAGCUUAAGAUUCAGCUAGAGUACAAGACGAAUGAGAACUUUGAACUGAAGAAAAUGGUAAAGAUAAAAGGAGAGGAAGUAUCCCAACAAGCAGUUCGAGCUGAUAUGCUGGAGAAACGACUAGAGAACGCCAGAAGGGACGGUGACGGUAAACUUGAUACUCUUAAGUCAGAACUGUCGGAGGCUAAGAAAACUAUUUCUGAUAAGGAUAGACAGUUCGAAGAGACAAUGGACCAUCUCCAAGAAGACAUUGAAGCGCUAGAAUCAGAAAAAACAACCCUGAAAACAAAGUUGGAACAAGCGAGCAAGCGUGCACCACGUGCGCACCUCACAGAGUCAAUACUUGCAGAACAGGCGUCCGGUCAACCUGGGUCUGUGAAGGUUAUUGUAGAGGAUUCCCCAGCUACUCUCAGUAAAUUAGAGUCGCUUCAGAACUACGCCCAGCUAGUCCAGGAUGAGAACGUGAAGCUGAUGGCAGAUUCACUGAAAACUAAACUAGCAGCCCUACCACCACUCACAGUACCAACUAGAAAGUCACCUGAUAUUGCUUGUGAGAGGAAUGUCAGUGAGCUUCACCAGCAGUUGCUGAGUAUUAUUGCCAAUACUAAGGUUAUUGAUAUCACCAAGAAAACUAACGGAAAGCUGCCAGCAGAUGUUCUAGCCGAACAGAAAAGCAGUCAAGUUUGCCUACACAAUCAAUACCUCAGGCUGAAACUUCAAGCUCAGAAAGAGAUGGGAAGAUAUUAUGGCGCCGGUGGAUUCAUACAGACUCCCAACGGAGAAUUCGUCACACCGGAGUUCGCUAGAGUGCUCAAGGAAAAGGAAAGUUCUAGAAUGUUUGGAAAGAUUACCAUUCCAUAUGCCAAGGAAAGUGGGAUUAGGAAGAUACUUCUGGAUAAAAACGAGUUAGCCAGGCUAAAUUCCACGUUGCUCGGAACAUAACGUUUGGCAAGUGUACACUGUACAAUGUACAUUGUACAUAAUGUACAUGGUACAUAAUGUACAUGGUACAUAAUGUACAUGGUAUAGCAUGUUGUACAGGACAGUAUUUGGUAUGUGGAGUGAGAGAGUGUGUAUUUUGUAUCUUAUCUGUAUCAUAAUUAAUGGCUCUUAGCGGUAGAUUAAGAGUUUGUAUUUACUUUUUAUGGCUUGAUUUGUAGAUUUGAGGGAUUUAGGGAUUUUAUCUCCUCUCCAUGUCAGUCAAGUACUGUUACGCCUUAAUAUAAUGUAGUUAGACUCGUUCAUUCGUCGUUUUCCUAGAAUUGGAAGUUCUUUGAAUAAAACUUAAUAUUGGAUCCAUUUAAAGCUAGCUCAGUUUCCCUAUUUUGACAACAUUUGUAACUCGAGAAUGCUUAAUGUUUCAGUGUACUUGACUAAGAGCUUAAACGGUUCGUAUAGGUUCUUAUACUCGUUUAGUACUAUAUAAUACAGCAUGUACUAAACAGUAAACUACUAUUAUAGAGUUAUAGUGCUACUGUAAUACUAUGAUGUUGUGUCCAGAACCUCAAAACCAUCUUUUAUACAAUAUGACGUGUACUUUUUUGCUCAUUAUGAGCAGAUUAUCUGCCAUUAUCAUCAAUUGAUUGAUUUGUUGACAUAAAGAUUUCCAUGAAAAGUUGUUUUAUUGCAUAGCCAUAUAAUAUAUAUUAAUCUUAUAACUAAAUUUAACUAAAUUUGACU